AUGGGGGAGAAGAAGUGGGUGACAGUUGGCGACACAUCCCUAAGGAUUUACAAAUGGGUGCCAGUAACGGAGCCUAAAGUYGACGAUAAAAAUAAGAAUAAGAAAAAAGGCAAAGAUGAAAAAUGUGGCUCGGAAGUUACCACUCCAGAAAACAGCUCUUCUCCAGGGAUGAUGGACAUGCAUGAUGACAACAGCAACCAGAGCUCAAUAGCUGAUGCUUCUCCGAUAAAACAAGAAAACAGUAGUAAUUCAAGUCCAGCCCCAGAGCAGAAUUUGACAACACAAGCGGAUGGCACUGAGGUGAAGUCUGACGAACCUCAGUCGGAAGCAAAGGAGCAGCCUGGUUCAGAAGAUACCUCUGACGAACAGAAUUCACAGUCUUCAAUGGAAAAUUCUAUGAACAGUUCAGAGAAAGCAGAAAUUCAGUCCUCUGGAGAAAAUGAUGUAAUUACAGAGGCAUCUAAAAACUCUCAGGACUCUGAAGGAGUGCCACCUUCUAAAAAGAUGAAAGUAGAGGCUUCCCAACAAAAUGUUGAAGAGAUUUAGACUAUAGAUUUUUUUUCUGGUCAGUUUUUAUGUAAGGUACAUCGGUGGGCUUAAUUAUAGAACAACCUUACUUAAGCAUCUUCUCUUGGAUGAGGACAGAACUCCUAACUUUUCAAGUUUACCAAGCGAAAAUCCAAGAAAGCCUGACAAAGGUUUAACUUCUCAGACACUGAAAACUUUUUCCUGUGAAACAAACGUUGAGAACUUUUAAGUUACUGUCUCUGAAAUGGUUGGAGUAAACAACUCAGGAGGGGUCUACGCACUGUUUCUAAAGUCAAAAUUACAAUUAUGUUGCUGCUGUAUUUUUUUUUUUUUUCAUUUCUCUAUUUAACAAUGUAAGAUAUUUAAGGAUGGUACAGGUCAGUUAUUAGCUUUCAUGUGAAGUUCAUUGUUCUGGCGUGAUGUCUGCUUUUGUUUUGUGCCUUGUGUUCUGAAAACAGUGCUAACUUUUAAAAGUUGUUUUGCAAAAGUCUCCUUUGCAAAGUGGCCUAUGUUUGUAUAAUGCCAUGUAGUAAGGUUUUUGGUUGUUUGUUUAGGUUUUAUUUUUGUUUGUUUUGGUUUGGAGGGUUUUUUUGUUUGUUUUUGGGUUUUUUUUUUUCUUUUUUAUUUUAAAUCCCUGGUGCUUAAAUUUUAAUAAAUACAGAUCAGGAAGCCAUUUUCACUCUUGGAGUCCAAGGAGAAAAAGGAGCUUGAUAUUUUAUUUUAGCAGCUAUAGUGGAGAUCUUUAUUGAAUGCAUGGCAUUCGCAACUGUAAAUUUGGUCUUCUAAAUACUUAACUUCAUCAGAAGUUAACAUCUGUUUACCAUUUAUAGUCCAGAUCUGCGUAUUUCCUAUAAUACAACAGUUAAAAUACUUACGUAUUAGGUCCAGAUCUCUGUACUGGGUACAACUUUCUUUACAGAAGAGUUCCACUAUGUACAUAAAUAGGAUCAAAGGGAUUGAUGCACAGUGAAUUUAUUUUGAAUUGGUCUCUUUUGAUAUCAGGUUUUCACUGAACUGGAUUUUAUUGUACUGUCUCAUCAGAAGAUGUUUACUUCUAUGUCUGAGGUCAAUACUGUAUUUGGGAUUCUCCUUUCAUUUCAGCAAGUCUUGUAAAUAAGCCUUGUUGUUUCCGUCGUUUCUACAUCGUGGGUAGAAAUGUUUUUCAAUUAUGUUGAAGUCUGCUUAGGCUGAACUGCUUGGGAGGUGCUGAGGAUGUGCAGCUCCCUUCGGAUUGUGGCAUUUGGAGUGCCAGGAUCAGGGCCCAAGGGCUUGAUCUUGCAGGGGACUUUGCACUUGCAGGKUGGGCACCCAGUUAGAAGUAGCUGGGGUCAGUGGGAGACGCUCAUUCCCACUUGGGAACGUGCGACGUGUCCGCGCGUGCGGCUGCAUUGGGCCCUUCAUCCCUCUUCACUUUGGGAGAUGGAACUUGUAAUUUAAAUUAUGAUCUCACGGCUAGGAAAAUGGUUGCGUAUAGUUUGUAAGCUAAGAACUGUAAAUACUUUUUUAAAUGAGGAAAAAAAAAAAUUGCUUCCAGUUGAUACAUUUUCAUAAUUAGCUCUUCAUUAAGCUUAUUUAUUUCUGAAUUCUCCAAUAGUGAAAAUGGCUUGCACUUAGACUACUGCAUUGCRUUUGCAAUUACCGUUUUAUUAUGAAAAACAACGGGGAAGUCAGGGGACGGGGAUGGCGGGAGGGAGGACCGGGGAGCCAAUACUGACCUUCCAUAAAGUGUUUGUAGGAUUAAACUCCAGAUAAUAUACAACACUCAGUUUCGGGACUUCUUUAUGUUGAAAUAAACUCUUUGGAUUUCAACUAAAUAAAAUUGGAUUGCAAAUCAUUCACGAAAACAGUGUGCUCCCUAAUAAGUUUUUGGGAUUUCUGGUCUGAUCAUGAAGUCCAUUAACGUUCUGAAAAUAAGGAAAUGAGGAGCCAGAAAAUAUUUGCACAAAAUAUGCAAUGAAAUGGUGGAAUUCGCUCUUGAACUGUGUGUAUGCCUAAAAUGUGGAUAACUGGUCAGUGACAAUUGAUUUGUAUGUAUAUUACAUUCAGAUUUAAGUGAUAUUUUGUGAGAAAUUCUAUUGCUAUAUUAAAUGGGCAAAUUUAGAAAGAUUCAAACUUACAAAUAUUUUUGUUUUACUAGCUUUUUCUUAUUUUUAAGGAUAAAGUUAAUCUGAUGCCACCUUUGAAAAGUAGUCAUGUUUACUAAUCACUCUCUUCAGGUGCAUCACAGCAAGUUUUUUACUUUUAUUUUGUAGGUGUUUCCAAGGGAGUAAAUAGACUUUUGGUUUAGGAACUAAUUCCUGUACUUUAGGAAGAAAUAAAUAUAUAAAUAGCACUAAAAUACCUCAAAGUUUUUCAUUAGAUAGAAGCAUUUAUUGGCAUUAUUGACAUUGACAGGUUUAAGCAUAAAUUUCCUUUUCUCUCCUGUGGCUUCUGCUCAGAACUGUUCUUUGUUCUGUGGCUUAAAAAAAAACAAGACACCAUAACCAUAUUCCUAGAGGCUUUGUUUCUAAAGUAGUAAUGCUUUAUUUACAGCUUAUACAAAGUACAUUCAGAACUUUUUAUUUUUAAUCAGAGAUUCUAGUGACAACAGACAACUGAACAAGCAGAUAGAUUUGGGUUCCUUAAACCUGUUAUUGUCAGUCUCUGAGAGAAGAGGCUUUGACAUUAUCUGGUAUGAAGAAAUCCAAAAUAGUGUAUAAGACUGUUAUUAGUCUUUUCUUGAAGUGCCUGAUAACAUUUAUGGGCCAACGGAUGUGAUUAAACACAUUUUAAUGCCAGAAAGUACAGAUGGGACCAAACCUGAACAUCGGAUUCAAACC